AUUACCUAAUCAUUCAAUCAAUUUAACAAACCUGAUCUAACAGGUCUACCUAACUUUUCAUCGACAAUCAUCAAUCAUAUUUCAGUACGGAUUUCUUCCGCAAAUAGGUAGACCCGUGUCCAACGCUAAAAGCACCCCUCGUCAUAUCCUCCCGUCACUCUUCCAUUAUUAUUCUUUGGCCCUAUUUUCUUUCGUCCAGGUCAUUACUCCUGCGUUAGUACAUCACCUGCGCACCCCUCAAAGUACCUAUUUAUCGACUUUAUCGACUCCUGCCUUAUCAAGCCACCAAUCCAACCAACCAAGCAGCCAGCCAGCCAGCCAACCCACUCUCUAUCUCGAGCUCGCCGGCCAGUACAUCACGGUACAUAUAAUUCAUCCACUCAAAGGGUUUGUUGCUCAAGCUGCAGCAAAUCUUCCAAAAAGGCAGACUUACAUUAAAGUCACUUAUAUGUUGUAUUCUCAACAUCGACAAUCCAUGAAAAUCUGCCCCGAUGGCUGAUCAAUGUAUUGUCUGUCUAGAAACUCUAGACGUCCAAUCGUCGCCGCCGCUUUCGCAAUUGCACGAACCUCCCGAAGACGAUCUCCCACAGACCUCGUCGUCCGCUGCAGGCGAAGCAAAUGCAAAUGCGCCGGCACGACUAUCGUCAAAGUCUCCGCUAGGCAUCCACUCCGCCGGCGAAGACAAUAACAUUGCCAUCAUCCAUAUUUGUGGUCAUGCUUUACAUGACGCUUGCUUGCGAGAGUGGACGGGAAAGGCAAAUAGCUGUCCCAUCUGCCGCCAAGCAUUCCAUCUGGUGCAUGUAUACGAUAAAGUUGGAGGUACCCAGCUAUCAUCUUAUAAGGUAGAGGAUAAGAAACAGGUAGCUGAAUUCGACCCGCAAGCAUGGUUGGAUGACAAUCCAGAGGUAGAAGAGGAAACGAGGCCUUGUCCCAUCUGCGACCGAGCUGACCACGAGGAUGUCCUCCUCCUCUGCGACAGCUGCGAUGCACCAUAUCACACAUUCUGCGUCGGCCUUGACAGCGUCCCUCGAGGGCACUGGUUCUGCCUGGAGUGUGCUGAUACUGGUGCCGAGCUCCUGGCUUCCGAGCUCCACGAUGAAGACGCGAUAGCUGGCUUCUCAGAUGGACAUUCCGAUUACUUGCCUCGUACCCAGGCUACCAUGCGCCGGGCUAGGCAGCACGCUCGUUCAAACGACUGGCAAGGUGCCUGGGGUCAAAUUGCAGGCCGAGUCUGGGAUGCAUUGAAUCUCGACCUGGACAAUCACGACGAUGACGAUGCGCUACACAAUUACCGACGAUCGCAACAGAGGAGAGAACGAGACCGCCGCGAGUACCAAAGGUGGCAACAACGGCUCAACAUUGCUAGCCGUCUCGGAGCUCGUGAGGUAUUUGUGAGCAAUAUCUCGAAUGUCCUACCUCAGCCCGUUGCGCAACAACCAUCGCCACCACCUCCGCCUCCACCUGAAGAAACGCCUGAAGAGAAGGAGGCAUGGGGCGCGCUGGAAAAGGCUAUGGAGGUCGAGGUUACUAAUCUCAACCCCCAAGCCUCAAACCAUCGAAAGAGGAAGUCUCGGUCGGUGACUGCAUCUCCAGUUGAACCACCUCAGCAACCAGAGCGUAAGCUAAAACGACCACGUACGAGAAGGGCGCCCGGAAUAGAAGCAGCUUCUUCGUCCGGCCAACCAUUGAUACAGACAAACCAGUCUACGUCGGACGGAGCCAACCCAAAUUCUAUGUCGCCCGUUCAAGGGAGCAGCGAAGCACCUUCUUUCCUUUCUUCGCUGCUAAAAGAAGUCGAAAUGAGUGCGCCUUCUGAUGAUGAGAACAUUCGGCCGAUCUUCAACUUUUCCACCAAAGCAGCACCCAAUCCGUCAUCACCGGCCUCACCUUCUCCUUCGGCCCACAGUAGUCCUCGAGCUCUCUCUGCCACACCGCCGCCACGAACCAUCGGCGAUCGUCCCGGCUCGCCACUCACACUUAGCUCACAUAUUGAGCCGAUCUACCCUCCUUCAAAUUUCCUAGCGAGCCUGAGCAAUAGCGAUCAAAGCGAUUCCGACUCAAGGUCCCGCCAUCAAUCCCGUCGCCGUCAGAAGUCCCGGGCAACCAACGGCUCCCCUGAGAUCCGGCAACCCGAACCCCACCGCGAGCAACAAUCGAUAGCUAUGAGAUAUCCGUCCCGUUCCCAGGACGCAUCUCCUUCCCGUGCAGCAUUGCCGUACGAGAUGAAGGCCAGUAUUAGUGGUAUUGUAAAGGACGCCCUCAAGCCUCAUUGGAACUCGGGACAUAUCACAGCGGAUCAGUAUGCGUCUAUCAAUCGCGAUCUGAGCCACAUGCUAUAUAAGGAGGUCUCGGAGGAUUCUCUUAAUGAUGACGCUCGACGGCGCUUCGAAAAAAUUGCAAGCCAAGAGGUGACCAAGGCAGUCGCAGAUCUCGAGGCAUGAUGCCCUAUCGUUUUAGCCUUGUCGAUUCAUGAAAACAGCAACAAGAUAGACACGGAACCUGGGACAUUUGUGGCGUUUUACGGCUUACUGGGCAUAUCAUCGGACGUUGCGGAUAACCUACCUAUAGAGCCAUUGAUCUUAUCAAGAUACCCUCGUGUGGAUUCCUGAUUUUACUUCUGAUGCGGACAAUUCCUCACUGGCGCCUUCCCUUUUUCUUUCCUGCAUACGCGAUG